AUGCACCUCCCUAAACCCGGCAACGCCCAUGUUCUCGAUCUAUUCAGUCUCAAGGGGAAAGUCGCUGUAGUGACAGUGUGGCUGAACCAGAAUGAGUGGAACAUCACAGGCGGCUCCCGUGGCAUCGGUCUCGAAAUCGUCAAGGCUUACGCUGAAGCCGGGGCGUCCAUCGCAAGUAUCUACCGCAGCUCAUCGACAGCCGAGAACGUCGCGGCCGACCUGUCGUCCACGCACGGGGUCACGAUCCGCGCCUAUCAAUGCGACGUCAGCGACGAGACGGCCGUCGACGCCGUCUUUGAGCGCAUCGUGGCUGAUUUCGGCAAGAUCGACAUCCUCGUCGCGAACGCUGGCAUCUGUUACACCGUCGCCGCCGAGGACAUGAGCACGGCCGAGUUCCGGAGCGAGAUGGGCGUGAAUUUCGACGGACCUUGGUUCUGCGCGAGGGCCGCGGCCAAGUACUUCAAGGCCCAAGGUAGCGGGAACGUGAUCUUCACGACGAGCAUAUCCGGGAUGAUUGUCAACAUUCCAGAUAAGCAGGCCAUUUACAAUGCGUCCAAAGCUGGGUUAAUACAUUUGGCAAAGAGCCUUUCGAUCGAAUGGAUUGAUUUCUGUAGAGUCAAUUGUGUCAGUCCGGGAUACAUCUGGACCGAUAUGUUGGAGCAGGUCCCGAAAGAAUUGUCAGAUGAGUGGGUUGCCUUGACGCCGGCGAAGCGCAUGGGCGAGACCUAUGAGUUGAAAGGGGCGUACUUGUUCUGUGCGUCGAAUGCGUCGAGUUUCAUGACUGGGGCGAAUAUUGUCGUCGAUGGCGCUUACACAGUUCCAUAG